AUGUGCUGUUAUGGAACCUUACAGUUUAUUGGUCAGCUCUGGAACGGAAAGUCUUCGGCCUAUGGCCGAUUUGUAAAUCUUAAUUUCAUCGCUGUGAUGGAUGCAUCGGCCCAAAAAAAGAAAUACCUCACUUAUUGUAUCACCAAGGGUCAACAAAUAAAGACUAAGUUAGAAAAUGACCCAACUUGGAGGGAUUAG